UUGCAUAAACAUAGUCAUUAUCUUAAGACUGUGUCUAAGAAAUAGUCUGACUAACUAAAGUCACUGAAGAAAGACCAUUGCAUAAAAUAAGCUCACACCUAUCUUUAUUAAGACAGUCUAAAUCGCAGUGAUUUGUGGGGAAAAUAAGACGCUAAACAACUUAAACAAAAUGGCCGAUAGUUCGCGCUCGUCACAGUUUUCCUUUGCGGAAAAUAUUUGUAUAUUAGAGGAAUACAAUGCUGCUAAAUCGACUCUAAUGAACAAAUUUAACGAUUACAAUGGCAAUAGCAAAAAACACAAAGCUUGGACAACAAUUACGGAAAGAGUUAACAGUGUCAACCCAUCUGUCAACCGAUCCGUCAAAGAUGUUCAAAAACGGUUUAAAAAUAUGGUUCAAGAGGCAAAAAAGGAAAUUUUUAAGCGAAAAAACCCAGCAACGGGGGGAGGACCAUCUCCUAAAUUGAAAAGGACAACGGAAAUGAUCAUCGAAAUAUACGGAGACGAAUCUCCGAUGUUUUGGGGAAUCCCCGGGGGGAGGGAGAGCGGAGUAUCCGGGCGGACGUUACCCACAGCGGUGAAAGAUACACAGUCUCAUACCGCUGUCACAUCAACCCCGCUUGGACAGUCUCUUGACUGCGAGGUGACACUGACAUUGGUCUCUCAAAAUGACGAAGCUCCUGUUACAAGCCAGGAUGACCAAACAACACAAAGUGAAGAUGACGAUUUGGACAGCACCCAAAUGGCACCUGUGGGAAGUGGCUCAGACACCGAGAGACAGAAAGAUGCUCCAAGCAAGAUAACCAUGAACAAUAUACUUGAAAAACAAUAUCAAAUAUUAACACUGGAAGAGACUAAACUAAAAUUAGAAAUACAAAAACUAGAAUUAGAGAAAACUAAGCUAAAGUUGGAGCUACAAAAACUUGGACAUGAACUAUAGAUCUCAUCGAACAUUGUCCAAUAACUAAUCAAACAAUUGUCUAUUUAAUAAGUACUGGUAUUUAAUUUUGAAUUUACAUAUGUAAUGUUUACAUACAGAAUCUUUAGAGAUAUUUAAGAGAUUUGAAGAAUUUUGAAGAAUGUGUAGUGAUUUGAAGAUUAUAUCAUAUUUCAGCUGA